GUAACCAAUCAUUCAUCCUCUGGUUCUAUAAAAAGGAAAUGAUCAAGUUUCGAGUUAAACAGUAAAAUGGAUCCUCGAUAAACUUGUUAUUUUUGUUGUUUUUCCCCAGUUUAUAAACAGUAUUAGUUUCCCCCCUCAGAGUGUUUCAUUACCAGCUCCUGAUUGGAACAGGGACAGUGGAUUCCCAGAAUGUUGCUGAUCCUUUUCUCCAUCUCCCUGUGUUUUUCCUGGGUCUCUCCCGACACUAAUUCAUUGACUGUGAUAUACACUGCAGUCUCUGGAAUCACAGGAUUUCCUGAGGUUUCAAAAGUUACUCUGGUCAAUGGAGUUCAAGUUAAUUAUCAUGACAGUAAUGGUCGACAGACCAUCCCCAGGCUGCAGGUCAUGGCAGAUGCUAUCAAUGUGGAAUUCUGGGAACGUAUCACAGAUCUGAGCAACAAACAAUCAGACAUGGCAGGAAAGAGUCUGAAUACAAUAAUGAAGAGUACAAAUCAGACAUCCGGAAUCCACAUUUACCAAUGGAUAACGAAUGUUGAGGUCACUGAAGAUGGCUCCAUGAAGAGAUCGAUGCGAGUUGGAUUUGAUGGAAAGGAUUAUAUUAGUUUAGAGCCAGACAGAAUGAGAUGGGUCGCAACCAAUCACUUUGCAGUGAUGAUUAAAGAGGAUUGGGAUUCGGAUGAAUCCUGGAACAAGCAUUGGGAAUGGAGUAUGAAAGUAGUUGGCGUACAGAAUUUAAAAAGAUAUUUUGAAGCUGGAAAGGAAUAUUUCCAAAGGAAAGUUCAGCCUGAAGUGUUUAUCUCCAGAAGUCAGUACAAGCUGCUCACUCUCUCCUGCCUGGUUACUGGGUUUUAUCCUGUAGACAUUGAGGUGAGCUGGCUAAGGAAUGGAGAGGUAAUGUCUGAGACACUAUCCUCGGGGGUUCGACCCAACCACGAUGGGACCCAUCAGAUCCAGAAAGAGAUUGAAAUAAAUGCUGGGGAUGAGGAUCAAUACUCCUGUCAAAUUGAACACAGCAGCCUGGCAGAGACCCAGCUCCAUCAGUGGGAAAUCCCAGAAAACAGUGUAGAAACAUCCCAUCUUGGAAUGAUAAUUGGAUUAGUCGCAUCACUGGCUGCUCUACUGCUGAUAACCGGAAUAAUCAUCUGGAAAAGGCAACAGAGAGAUUCACCAAGUGUGACCUACACAACAGCUCAGAGACAUUCCCAGAGCCUCAUUGAUGAAUAACUGGAUUCGCUUGUUCUAGUGUGAACAUGGACAUCAUCGUCCAUCCUUCCAUAUCACAGCAGACAGACAGAUUCACAGCUCAUUGUUUACACUGAGUUCUUUGAUGAUGGAGAUCUAUUUUACCUGGGAAUGUGCUUCCACAGAUUGAACAGUGGAUCCUGAAUCCACCAGGUUGGGAUCCUGAUUCUUCAAGUGAGACUUUUUCAAGUAGCGUUUCCAUCCAGUAUCCACAAUGUGACGGCUCUCACAGUCGAAGGGAUCUUCUGGAAUGAUUUUCCCUCACACUUUCUUAUCUUCAACAACUUGUUCAGGUCGAGUGGUUGACUUGAACAGAGUUAAUGUCGUGAGGCAACUCAGACACAUUUUACAUUGAUAGAAGCUGAUCUAUUUUGCACUUUCUGUUAUGUCAAAUUUACACUGUUAUAUAAUGUACAUUUGUAAAUGUUAUAACUCAAAUAUAUUUGCAGAGAUAAAAUACAUUUAUAUCCUCAACGUUUCACUACAAAUGCUGAUAAUUAUGGUUUGUUGUUAAUAAAUAAUUGUCAGUA